AUGCACCGAUCUUCUGCAGCUGUGGUACUAGCUCGUCAAUUGAGAAGCCGAGGCUUCUCCUCCUCUUCUACUAGCGGCGGCGGCGGCGGCGGCGGAGGAGAUGGCAAAAUCGUAGCCUCCGUACUCUUUGAGAGGCUUCCGGUUGUUGUUCCGAAAAUCGAUCCUGUCGUCUACGCAUUCCAAGAGUUCUCGUUUCGCUGGCGACAGCAGUUUCGAAAAGAAUAUCCUGAAGCCUUCCUGAAGAAGUCUGAAGCCAGGGGACAGGGCGAAUACCAAAUGGAUUACCAACCAGCCCCCAGGAUUACUGAGGCUGAUAAAAACAGUGACACGAAAUCACUACAGAGAGCUCUUGAUAGGAGGCUGUAUCUUCUUCUUCAUGGUCCUGCAUAUGGCUCUCCUGGUGGGCAGCCAUGCUGGCACUUUCCAGAAAAAAUUUAUGAGUCUGAAGAUACUUUACGCUUGUGCGCCGAAGCAGCAUUAAAAUCUGUGAUUGGAGACCUGUCUCACACUUAUUUCGUUGGAAAUGCUCCUAUGGGCCACAUAGUCGUACAGCCUACUGAGAGCAAUCCAGACCCUUUGAAGCGGUUUUUCUUCAAGUCUCAAGUGAUUGCAGCCAACAAAUUCAACAUUGGAAAGUGUGAUGAUUUUGCAUGGGUGACCAAGGAUGAACUGUUAGAGUAUUUCCCAGAGCACGCUGAAUAUCUAAACAAGAUGAUCAUCAGUUGA